AUGUUUGUGAAUGUGAAUGACGCGGUGAUUCAGGCACUGAAGGAGCAACGAGGACGUUUCCGCGAGCGCAACAUCACAAUAGAUGGCUCUGAUACUCGCGCCGAUGCUUCCAAAGCUCCAGUUGCACUAUCACCAGCUCCACGCACUGUCAUCAGCAAUGUGAAGGAAGAGCAAGAAGAAGUGACUCAGGAUGCCGCCUCGGUAACCCUUUCCACACAACGGGCCGAUCUUUCAACCACCAUAAAGAAGACAAGCACCAAACUAAAGAAAGGCGUUUCGAAAGCAGACAAGAAGAAAAAGGAAGAGUCUAUAGGGGACAAAAAGAAAAAGGAGGAGUCCGUGGGGGACAAGAAGAAAAAAGGAGGAAUCCGUGGGGGACAAGAAGAAAAAGGAGGAAUCCGUGGGUGA